AUGUGGAAGCAAGAGCGAGGAGGCCAGCGGGUGGCGCGCUUCCUGCCCGUCGUUGUGGUCCUACUCAUUGGUGUGAUUCUCUAUUCAAUCUAUGUUGUGUACAACUGCUUUCCCCUCCUUCAAAUAGAAGUUCCACCAGAGUUUCGGGAUGAGGACGCAAGGACCAGAGGAUUCGGGCAUCUAGUUGUCAGCCAUGUUCUGGCGGUUUUGAUGUUUUGGUCUCUCUACAAGGCAUGCGUGACCCCAGCCGGAUCAGUGCCAGAGACGGAGGAAUGGAAGGCGAGGCCUAACGCGGAAGAGAUUGUUGAGAGAAAGCGUGAUGGAACUCUUCGCUACUGCCACAAAUGUUCUCACUACAAACCGGAUAGGACCCACCACAGCCGGCAUACCGGCAAGUGUACCCUAAAACUGGAUCAUUAUUGCCCAUGGGUAGCAAACGAUAUCGGCUACUUCAACUACAAGUUUUUCUACCUAACACUAUUGUAUACCACUGUCACCCUAUCAUUUGCCGCUGCAACGAUGAUUCCUACCGUCUCGGCCGCGUUCACUGACCCUAAUAUUCCCUUUGAGACCGCGUACUUCAUUAUCAUGGGAACCGUCCUUAGCCUUUGUGUACUCGUGAUUGUUGGAAGCUUCUUCAUAUUCCACUCGUACCUGCUGUCGAUCAAUUCGUCGACCGUGGAAUAUUGCGAGAAACGUCGCGGCGGCCCAGGCCUUGACUGGGACUUAGGUGUGUUCAGGAACAAUAAAGAAGUUAUGGUUCAUCCUUGGAUGAUUUUCAACAUGUGGAAUAAGAAACCAAGCGAUGUAAACAGCCUCCUCAGACAGAAACUGCGGCAUCCUACGACGGAAUAUGGAUUUGAUUCGGGAGGGAAAAAAGAAUCUGAGGUGGAUCCCCUUUUCGGGGUGAAUGUUGACGAAGCGAAAGAACACGGCAAAUACAGCAAAGUCAGGAAAAUUGAUACUCAACUCAUCGUCGACUUGCACGAUACAGGCGACAUAUCCCAGCUUUUUACUGCUUCGGGAUACCCAAAAUGCGGGCAAUACAGCCUCUGUUGCAGUCCGCAAGAGCUUGGCGACUUAGGAUGCGGAUUUCCCCUCUUCUUCGACUUUUUGAAGAUGCUUUUUGUCCUCUCGGCGUCUCAGUGCAUUUUUCUGUCGCCCGUCCUCUUCGGUGUCUACAACUUCUGGUCUCACGAGUCUUCGCCAAGCUGCUCCGUUUACACCCUCGGGCUGCCCAAGGAUGCAGUAGACGAAGAUGAAAUUGCACAGUUUUUUGAGACGAACGCCUUGCCAGGAAAUAAGGAGGCAUCGAUCGUCAAAGUUGUUAUUGGCUUCGACGUCUGCCAGUACUACGAGUACGCCAAGAGGCAGAGCUAUCUCCAGAAAAAGCUGAGACGCACCGGAAAACCGCAGGAUUUCCACGAGCAACGCAUGGCGUGGAAAGACGCCAGAGCUGGUGCUGCAAUUCACCAGCUGAAGCAAGCGAGGGUGAGGUCGAUACCAACGGAAAUUCAUGUUAUUGCCGCUGCACUAAAUCAAGAAACGGAGAAGCACCUGCGCGAACAACUGACGAGGCUGGAAGAGAAAUUCAAAAGCCUUGAAGCGAUGCACCUCCGGGCAACAGGAUUCGCGGUCGUUCUCUUUCGCUACCAGCUUGAGCAGAGAGAGUGUGUGAGACACUGGAAGGAGUCCUGGCAGGGUUGCCUCAAGCGCCUCUUUGGCCUCGGCGCGUUCAACUCAAAGCACGCUCUGUUUCGCGACAAGUAUCCUCUGGUCGUUCAGAGAGCCCCGAAUCCGUCAGACAUCCAAUGGGAAAAUCUCGCAUACAGCAGCUCCCGCCGCGUGUUAGCCAAGGUGGCGACGAUUGGGAUAGGCGCCGUGAUUUGGGUUGUCGCGCUCACAAUCGACGUUGUUCUGCUCUCGCUGAAUGUUCGUAUUCACAACGAAAACUAUCGAGGCACUGGUCUCGAGUGGUUCAGGCCCAUCGAAAAUCUCAUUGAGAAAAUCGACCUCUCACGAAUUCGUGAAGCUCUCGCAGAUCCACUGGACGUCCAGGCGCACUUUGGCUUCCUGCUUCUCUCGUUCGCUCCGAGUGUAAUGACGACGCUUGUCAACGGCGCAGUUGGCUGGGUGCUCGACAGCAUGUCCCAGUACGAGCGGCAUCAAACCGUCACAGGCAGCGAGGCGUCUUCGCUGUUGAAGCUGACUGUCGUUUUCACUCUCAAUACCGCAGUCAAGUACAUCUUCGUGCUGAAUCAACCAGAGUGGUGGUAUGUGAGAGGCGGCAUGGUAGAAAGUAUUUUUCUCAAGCUGCUCUGCUGCAUGCUAAUGGAGCCCAUAGUGACCGCGCUUCCUUGUCAACUGGCGACGGUGCUCAAGUCCUUCGCUCUGACGGUGAUGUACCUGCCCCUCGCGCCGAUCGGCGUGUUCCUGGGCCUGUUCAUGUGGAGCAUUUACUACUGGACGUACAAAUACAUGCUUCUGCGCAGAUGCAAACGACCCUAUCUGCAGUCCGCGCUCUUGCCUGAGACUGCGCUGCGCCUUGCGCGGUUCUUCAUGCUGUGUGUGCCCCUCGUGGGGGCGUACCUCCUCGUCCCGUCCUUCGACUCGUCCCUCCACCUGACAAUUCAGAUUGUCAUGCUCGCCGGCUUGGGCGUCGCCCUCUUCUUCCUCGUGCUGCCCGGUCGGCUCGCUCAGAAACUUUUUCUGACGCACUUCUGCCAGCCUGAAAAGGAGAAAACCUUUUGGGAGAGAAUGACAUACUACCAGGCGCAGCACAUGUUCGUAGAUAAGUAUCACCGAACAAAUCCAGUGUACCGCGCCUUGCCAGCAGAAUUGAAUCCUGAGAUUCUGUUCCCGCCCAUCUCGCUAGGCUUGCUGGGCUCCACGACCGCGCCCGAAGAGACACCCGAUCUCGAGGGGACAGUGCCACAUAAACGAAGACGGCGUGGCCAACUGACGAAUUUCGGAGCUGCCAUCGAUUUCCCCGAAAAACUCCAGACGCAGCUGAGAGCGACGAUUGCGGCGACUGUGGACUUCUCGCCCGGCGUCGCCCGCUCCCCCGACAACGCUCGUUUCCUCCGGAGCCUGCAAGAGUGGUCUCAGGGGACGGACAGCGGAGGCGGAGAUCCGCUCGAGUUUCUGUCGAGUCUGCUGCCGUCAGACAUUCGCUCGGCGGUGCAUCGAAAGACAACUGUGGCUGGCUGCCUUUCGCCAGUUGCAGUGGCCGACGCGAACCCGCCGGGAGGCCCGCGAGGGUUUCUCUCUUUCGAAGGCGGUGUAAAAGAAGUCGUUUCGCUCGUCGAGCGCGGCACCUGCUCCCGCAGCAGCCCAACCUUGCGUGACCUCCGGAAACCCUCCGCGUCUUCCGAGGUGCGAACGCGAGCGUGCUUCCAGGUCGCCGCGCCUGUCACAGAGGAAACCAUGCGAGGGGAAGCGGAGAGCGCGUGCGAGGCACAGACAGCGCAUGCGCAAGCGAGCGACAGGGGGUUGGAAAGCUGCGGAGGCGGAGACGACGCCCACACAGCGAGGCAGGCGGGGAGGGAGGCAGCGGCAAGGAGAAACAAGAGGCGUUGGGACGAGGGACUUGAGGAAGGCGAUGCGCGAGCGACGGAAAGCAGAAGGGCUGGAGAGCGAAACGGGGAAGUAGAGGAGCGCGGAAAGAUCGCACGGAAGGCAAAAUGCGUGGGCACGAGCCCGCUGAACAAAACGAGUCCGGGGUCCGUGACGUUGCCCAGGUCGAAAGGGUCUCGUCUCUUCACACGAGAAAAAGCCGAAGGCGGUCGCGCCGUCGAGGUAGCUAUCGACACGAGGCGCGAGGGCAGCGAAGACGAUGAUGACGUUGAAGGUGAUGACGCUGGGGGAGCGCGGGAGAGACUUGAAGCCUCUUGGCCGUCGCCGCCUCCCAAAGAAACGAGAGGAGGCGGGGGGGCAGGGAAGGGAACGGCAGACGAUCUGGAAUCUCAGAGUCUUUUUUCUCCCUCGUUGGCGUGUCCGCUGGUCGCGGCUUCUCGCGACUCCCCUCAGUGCGGGCGAGCCGGCGAGGCAGCGCACACAGAAGGUUCAGAGAGCGGAAAAGAAAAUGAGACAAAUGGAAGUGAAGUAAACACGCAAAUCCAGGUGGAGGCAGUGUUUUCCGUCUUGGUUCAUAACGAUGAAGACCCGCAGAACACGGGAAAUACACUGCAGCUUGGCGAGAUGGGAUGA